AUGGUGCAAAACCCAUUCGCAGUGGUCCGAAAAUUUCUCACCUUUUCUUUGCAGAUGACAGUUUACUCUUUACCGGAGCUUCCCCUCAAGUGCAGUAUUAUCAUUGAUAUUGUCAACCAUUAUGAGCUUGCACCCGGGCAUAAAAUUAACUAUGAAAAAUCGGAAGUAUCUUUAAGUAGCGGAGUCAGCAUUAAACGCAGGGAAGAGUUGAUUACUAUUCUGAACAUGAGACAGGUGGAUAAGCAUGAAAAGUACCUUGCUAUCCCUUCUAUCUCGGGGCGAUCAAAAAAAGUUGUGUUCGAUUCUCUUUUGGAUAGAAUUUUAAAGAAACUCCAAGGGUGGAAGGAAAAGUUUCAGGGCAGGAAGUGCUUAUGA